UGCAUCUUCUAUUGCAUUGACGAUCUAGAAGGAGUUGGUCGCGAGAACCCACUUUGCAUAGAUCUAACGCAGAGUCUACUUUGAUACCUUGAAACUCUCGGUGUCCUUCAUCUGACCUGCCCUAGCCUAACCUCCUAAACUUCUUGCGCGCGUGAGUUCCUUUCUUCAAGAGAUCACCGACUGACACUAUCCCAGGGCGGUUUCCUACCAUCUGCUUGGCCCAGCCUUGUGGCUAGCGCUGCGAAGAGACCUGAGCAAGAAGUCGGUCGAGUCAUCAGCUCAACAAAUUGCGACCAGCGCGCGAAGAUUCAAAGGUUGCCUAUCAUGCUGUCCACACCGCACAGCAAUUAUCACGAACGACAUCGUCAACAUCGGAGACAAAUCUCCACGCCGUCCGCUCUUGAUGCCGUCAAACCUCCAACUCUUCCCGCUCAAGCUAUGCACCGAUUUCAUGCUCAUCGCCGAGGCCAAAGCUUCGAUGCGCGCGCCAUGCGCGUCCAGCGAUCGCAGUCCAUGCAAGAUGGUACCAUGACUACUAACGUAACAGUACCGCACCAGCACCCAAAUAUGUUGGCACCUGCGCAAGACCAGCGCUUCCUACGAGUCGCGCAGCCAACUUACCCCCACCAACCGGCACCCAUGCCCAUGAUGGCUGAAUGCCAGGCUUUCUCUCAAGAAGACCUGCACUCCUUCGGUGCCCGUCAUAGUCAAGGAGGUCAACCGAACAUGCCUUACAUGAACGCGAACUUUAUCAAGAUGGAAAGCCAACCAAUGAACAUGUCCCUCAACCUCAUGCAACAACAGUCGCUACAGGAUACGAAACUGCCCUGUCAAGCGUCCCUGGAGGGUCAGAUCUUGGACAAUGGAGCUUGGGAUGUCUACCCACAAAACAACAUCGCUGCCGCAUUCCAGCAGCAACAAGCUAAUGCCAUGGCAAUGGAUGUAAGAAGACUGUCAGCGGCGCCAGCUGUCGGUCCGUCACACCAGACGCAUACGCCAAAGCUUAGCAACGGACAAUAUGGCCAGAUCACACCAGCGGCCACCCCUUUCAAACAAACAGUGGGCCUUGCGCACUACAACCCGGACAUUCAGCCUUCCUCGACCAAGGACCAAAGCCUUGCUAUGGCCGGUUCAGCGCAGGCGUCGUACAUGCAGCGAGCGAAGUCUCUCCAAGGUGUAGCCGGAACUACAUUUUCUCAGCAGAAGUUUAAUGUGCCCUCCCCCCCCACCACAGCAUCAUUUGAAGUGAAUACGUUUGAUACUUUUGACUAUGAGCAGGGUUCUAACAUCGAAGUUCCUAAGUCCGAGAGUCUUUCACAAGGGCCGUAUGCCUCGUCGUCAUCAGCCACGUCGUCCUUCGCUUCGUCACCCGAACUCGCCGCUAUGCCUUGUCCCGAAGACGGUACUGGAAAAGCACAGAAGCUGCCGAUAUAUCCUGCCACCCCUAACCGUGCGAAUCACCGGAAGACCCCGAGCGCAACUCCUAGCACAGCAGCCAAGCCGAAGCUCUCGCCGCGCGUCGCAUCCAUUGAUAGCCUCAACUUGGACGCUCGCGUACAGGCAUCGAUCAAAGAAACCGGAGUUACUAUUGACGAGAUUGCGUCUUACAUCCAUGGUCCAGACCCAGACGAUGGUAAAUGGGUAUGCCUGCACCCCGGAUGCGAGCGUCGCUUCGGGCGGAAAGAGAACAUCAAGUCGCACGUGCAGACUCACCUCGGAGACCGCCAGUACAAGUGCGAUCACUGCAACAAGUGCUUUGUCCGUGGUCAUGAUCUCAAACGGCACGCUAAAAUCCACACUGGAGACAAGCCCUACGAAUGCCUGUGCGGCAAUGUGUUUGCGAGACACGAUGCGUUAACUCGACAUCGCCAGCGCGGUAUGUGCAUUGGUGGAUACAAGGGCAUUGUACGCAAGACUACGAAGCGCGGUCGCCCCAAGAAGCAUCGGCCAGAGAUGGAUGAGAGACAGGAUAAAGCAGCAAGAACCCGUCAGCGCAUCGCCGAAAAGGGAUCUUUCGAUUCCUCCGCUUCCGAUUGCUCACGCAGCACCCCUCCGUCCGAUGUCUUCGAGAACAUGAGCCUUCACGGAUCUAGCCCUUCCGAGGAAAUGCCGGUGUUCAGCAACCCUAACUACUCCUUGCCUCCGGGAGUGUUUACCUUCACACCACCCGCGUCUCCAGGCCACAGCACCGGAAACAAGCCGUCUCCUGUCCAAAGUCACCGCUCGCUCAGCCCUACCACCGAGGACGAAAUGCUGCCUCCGCCGAUCAAGCAGCCCUUGCAGCGACUGAUGUCCGAUUCCGGCCUCCCCUAUCUGUCGGACCCCGAGUCAUGCACCUACACCGACGGCUCCGGCUCAGUCACCAACAGUGUCUCCUCUCCGCAUUCAGCCCCAACGCUGACCGAUUCGUCGACCGGCUCCGAACUUGAUAUCUUCAUUAGUCAGGGAUCGAGCGCGACCUUCGCUAAACAGGAAUUCGCCGACCUGACUGAGACCGACAUGGCUGCCUUCCCCGAUUACGUUAACACGGCGACCUUCGAGAACGGAAUGGAUCUAUACCCCGCGAAAGGCUAUCCCUCGGGCCCUACCAUGGGUGAUGAUUUCUUCUUCCAGUUUCAAGUGGACGAGCAAUCCGCAGACGCUAUGACCAAGGAAUUCUUUAUGGAUUGAGGAGAGAAAAGACAAGACGACAGUUACGAUCACGAUUUCGAGGUGAAUUUAUAACGAACAAUACCGGCGAUUGACGACGCAAUGACCUCAGGCUAACGCCCCAUGUGCAACAAGACUCUUGACGAUUUAGGACUGAACGAUUGGAACCAUGCAUAUAAGAUAUGACCCCCCGCCCCCUGCCCUUUACCCUCAAGAUCCGAUGCGAUACGAACCCAUGUACACAAUGUCUUUUACGAAAGCCCCCUCACACCCCUUUCUCUUCCAUUCCAGCCGUUUGCGCGGAACGAAACUGUGACCACUUCGAUUGAUUUUCACCUGUGCCAAAAGAAA